CGUUGUCAACUAAAUGGCUUCGAAGUCCUUUAUAUUCAGAGGAAGAGUUGUGGAACAGAGCUAGUGCCAAAUUUUUUACAGCCUUCCAUUAGGAAUACAUAUAUACUUGUAUUUGAAGCAGAUUUCAUUUCGCAUUCCAAAUGUACUACGAAAGAAUUUGAUAAAAAUAUAAUCGAAAACUUGAAGAGACCAAAAUAAUUCAGUCUUAAAAGGUCUUAGCACUUUUAAAAGUCUUCAGAAAAGUUGGAUCACUCCGGAACUUGAAUAAUCUAAAGUUACUAAGAAUAAACUAAAAUCAUCCAGUCUAAAGGUUCCGACUCUUUUCUCAACACUUCAAACCUCUAUCAAGAGGUUAUAGAAACGUAGAAACUUUUGAUUUAAAAAUUCCACAAACUUCAGAUUUGAAAAAUGAAAAAUUCAUAAUCAAAUAAUAGUAAAAAAACUUGGCCUACAAACAAUACUGAAUUGUGCAAAAAUUUUCAAAAUUUGUUUACAAAAUAUUCGUGUUAUGAGUUUGCGCAAAUAGGUGUGCCAGAGACUUGAGGAAAACAAAUAGUGGAUCUAAACACAAAACGAGAAGUACCAUUAAAUUAACUGUGUCAAUAUUGAAAAGAAUUGUUUGCAAACAAGAUGAAGAUACCAUUCCUCAGCAGCUCUGCGCCCAAAGAACUGCUUAACGAGGAAGAUAUCGGUACGUGUGGUUGUUGUUCACUUGCAGAACCCGAACCCAUAUCAUACGCAUCGGAGUUUCGCGACUUUCUGCAAAACAAUGCGCCACUGGAUUUCGAGACGAAAAUGGCGCGUGCACGUCCAUUUAUAUUCGCUAGUUUUAUAGCGUGGCCCGCUUAUUGGAUUUACAGAGGCAUGGAUUGGAGUAAUCGGGCGCAUAUGGAGCGCUCGCUUGUGACUUACAUCAAUCGGACCUUUCACCACGCAAAGCUCAUGCAAUUCACCAUACUCGGUGUGGGUCUAAUGUUUGCGGUGUACGAGGAGAGUCCACUACUGCUUAAGGUGAAUAAUAUGCUGCAAGGCUUCGACGAAGAGGACUACCGUGCUAAAAACACCGUUGUUGAUUGA